UGAGACUGUAAAUCAAAUAAUUUAGAGCAAAGGUUGUACGAUAAAAAUAAUAAUAAUAAUAAUGAUAAAAGUCAAGUGUGAAUCUCAAUAUCAGCAGAUCCAAAGAGCCAAUUACAUUUUUAAUAUUCUGCACUGAAUUUGUCAGUAUAUAAAUUUUGAAGAUUAUUUAGCAUAGAAUCUCUAAGGAACAACAUAUUAUAUUCAGAAGCAAAAUGCAUAUUACAUGGAUUUUAUUAUGUGUUCUGAUGGUGGAUUCAACAGUCCAGAUGGAUCUAACCAGGAGAAAGUUUGAUUCUGGAAAAUGGGAAAGCUUGCUGUAUCCACAAAAGUUAAUGAGUGAAACAAAGGAACUACUUCUAAAGGAGAAGUGUGCAACUUUAAAAAAUGAGGAAAAUAUUAAUGUUUGUACUGGAUGUAAAAUAACAGUAAUCUCAUUGAAACUGUCCUUGCAAUUUGAACUGGUGAUUAACUAUAUUAAGUUGGUUAUUGAGCAACUGUGCAUAUUUGCUGGACCUUAUUCGUCUGAAUGUUCAUUUGUUGCUCAAAACUAUGCUGCUAUUCUAAUAGAUUUGAUUGAGAAUGCAACAGUUCCAAGAAUCUGUCAGAAGUGGAGAAUGUGUUAAAACGAAGAAGCCACUGUCUAUUUCAAACAUUCUAUUGAAAGGAUGGUGAAAUAAACAUAAUUUUUGAAUUUGUCACUGUUUCAAAUUGACUAUUGAAAUUUUUAACUAUCAUGUUUACCGUUGUAUUGAUAUAUUUAGCAUAUCAUUUAAUUGAUUCAGUAGCAUGAUUAAAAAUAUAAUUUUAGGGUGAUAUCUUCUGUGAUGAGUGUUCUAUGAGUUGCAAUUUAACGUGAAACAUUGAAAAAGUG